AUGGCGCCGGCCACAAUCGUGCAAGACAUUCGGGUUUUCGUGGCUACGUGGAAUGUAGGUGGGAAUACUCCAAACCACGAACUCAAUCUCGAAGAUUUCUUGCAAGUCGAGGGUUUUGCAGACAUAUAUGUGCUCGGGUUCCAGGAGAUCGUACCAUUAAGCGCGGGUAAUGUUUUAGUGUCAGAGGAUAACGAGCCGGCUUCAAAAUGGCUAGCGCUCAUAAGCCACGCGCUCAACAAACCGUACCACGAAUCCAUCUACUCAUCGUCGGCCCAAAACCCGUGCGCAAACUCCAAAACCACAAACGGGUCGAAGGACUCGAAAUCGAACCACAUUUUCCACAAGCCGUCGCUAAAAGCACUCAACAAGAAUCUCAAGGGAGAUAGCGAGCUCCUCAAGAGUUGCAACUGUUGUAGGAACCCCUCAUUUUCGAAUCGAGGAGGGGCGAGGAGGAACUUCAGAAAGACCCACUUGAGCUUUAGCGACCCGAGCAUGCACGAGUUUUUCGCGAUAGCCGAGAUUGAUUUGCCGACGAGGCUCAACUAUCAGCUAGUGGAGAGCAAGCAAAUGGUUGGGAUUUUCUUGUCGGUGUGGGCCCGGGCGGGCCUAGUGAAGGAUAUCGGGCACCUAAGUGUCUCUUGCAUGGGGAGGGGAAUCAUGGGAUGCCUUGGCAAUAAGGGUUGUAUAUCGAUGAGCAUGACGGUGCACCAAACGAGCUUUUGCUUCGUGUGCAGCCACCUGGCGUCGGGCCAAAAGGAAGGAGACGAGCUCCGCAGAAAUUCUGACGUGGCAGAAAUCUUGAAAGGCAUCCAAUUUCCUCGGCUUUGCAAGAACCCGACCCGCCGGGUCCCCGAAAAAAUAAUCCAUCAUGACCGUGUGAUUUGGCUAGGGGACUUGAAUUAUCGAGUAGGAUUGAGCUAUGAAGAGGCAAGGAUAUUGUUGGAAGAUAACGAUUGGGACUCUCUCUUAAAUAAAGAUCAGCUGAACAAGGAAAGAGAAGCAGGAAGAGUAUUUAUUGGGUGGAGCGAGGGCAAGAUUGUGUUCGCGCCCACAUACAAGUAUUCCCACAAUUCUGAUUCAUAUGCUGGUGAGACCACCAAGUCCAAGAAGAAAAGGAGGACCCCUGCAUGGUGUGAUAGAAUUUUAUGGCGUGGAGGUGGCAUCGAGCAACUAUCAUACAUACGUGGGGAAUCGAGAUUUUCGGAUCAUAGGCCCGUUUGUGCGGUUUUCGCAGUUAAGGUGGAGGUCGCUAAUAACAAGAACAUGGCGAAGUUUAGAAAGGGUUAUUCUUGUGCCAGCACAACACUUGAAUUCGAGGACUGCAUACCACAAAGGCAUAGUUUUUGCAACUUUUAG